ACAAUAAGCUAGUGGAGGACAAUGCACUGGGAAAGGCGGAAGGAUCGGUUCAGAACUUCAGAUAGAGCUGCCUAUCUUCCGGCCGACAGUACUGUGCCAGCAAAGGUAUGGGAUCAAAAGAUCAAAUAGCUAGCUGUAUGAUCUUGUCACUCUUCACUGUAUUCUUGUUUGCUUCUGAAUGCAGUUGUAGGCAUCGGUUUCACUAUUUUCCUUCCCUCGAGAUGGACGCCCUACCUGCGUCAGAACUACAUGCUAGGGACUGGUCAGAGAUCCCCCUCCCCGCGCUCACUUUGCUCUUCGCCAAGCUCAGCGCUGUGGAUAUUCUCAUGGGUGCAGGCCUCGUGUGCCAGUCAUGGCUGGAGACAGCAAAAUCGCCGUGUCUUUGGCGCGAAGUUGACAUGUCUCAUUCUCACAAGCCGUGCUACAAGCUGUUGGUGGAGGAGUGUGCAAUGGCCAAGGUGGCCGUAGACCGCUCUAGUGGGCAGCUGGAGGCAUUCACGGGGGAGGGGUUUGUCACGGAUGAUCUCCUUAAGUAUAUCGGGGAAAGAUCGCCUUCUCUGAAGUGCCUUGGAUUGAUAUCAUGCAUCGACGUCUCCAUCGAAGGAUUCACCGAGCUGCUAGACAGGUCUCCUCUGCUAGAAGACCUCACGGUAAUGGGCUGUGAUAACAUCGAGGACAUUGCUUGCCCGGUCGCCGCAGGGGCAUGCCCGCAGCUCAAGCGCCUUGUCCUGUACAAACGGAAACGGAGUUCUUCCCAUUCUCCACUGUCCUUUACCAUGGGCACGUGGAUCUGCCGGAGGUAUGUAAGGAGCGAGUACGAGCUCAGAAUCGAGACCAUGCGCGAGCUGCGGGAGCUUACACUCGUCGGGAGCGACAUCGAUGCCCAGGAACUGGAUGCCGUCGUCGACGGCUGUCCUCACCUGGAGCAUCUCUGUUUGAUUGACUGCUGUAACCUCGAAGUCCCCGACGCCCUGCGAGCAAAGUGUGCCAGGAUCAAGAAGCUGGAGCUCUGUUCCUAUGAAGAUAAUGAUACAUGCGCUGAUGCUUUCACCUUUCAGGCCACUGAAUUUCAUCGUAAUUUAGUUUAUUGGAGAUCUGAGGUCUGGAUGUGAUGCGAUUUGUCUAUGGAUGCUGCUAUCUAUCUAUAUAACCGUUCUUAAUAGCUUUCUUCUUCUUUUCUAAAUUACAAUUGUCGUCCUCCUGCUGCCUUUGUUAAUUGUCAUAGUACAUUG